CCCACGGUAAACAAACACGCGCAGUACAUAAACUACCGCGCGCACCUGCCUCCCCUCGACCUGCUCACCUGCCACAUCAGAACCAGUCCUCCCCCUCGCGGCGCGCGUGACAGGCGAGGCAGACCGAAGAUGGCAACGGCAGCCUCCGCCUCCGCCUCCCCCGCCGCUCUGCGCGCCAAAACCCCAGCCCCGGGCGCGCACCCCAGCCCGAAGUCCAGCCUCGCAUUCCCGUGGCCUUCCCCCGGCGCCUCCGCGUCCGCCUCCGCCGCUGCCUCCGGCAGGCUCCACGCCAGCCUCCACCUCGGCGGGGUCCGCGGCGUCGGCACCGCCAACGGCACCGGCCUCCACGUGCUGCACCCCGACGUCAAGCCGCUGGCCGUGCCCAAGAUGGCCGGCGGCGCGGGGGCGCAGAAGAGCAUCCUGCUCUACCACUGCGAGGAGAUGAGGGAUCUCGCCCAGCAGGUGGCCGCCCGGAACGACGACAUCGAGCUCUGCACCAUCUCCUGGAGGAAGUUUCCCGAUGGAUUUCCAGAUUUGUUCAUACCAAAUGCCCAGAACAUUCGUGGGCGACAUGUUGCCUUCUUAGCAUCAUUCAGCUCGCCUGGUGUCAUAUUUGAGCAAAUAUCGAUUAUAUAUAAUCUGCCAAAGCUGUUCAUUGCUUCAUUUACUUUGAUACUGCCAUUUUUCCCAACUGGGACUUCCGAGCGUAUGGAAGACGAAGGAGAUGUCGCAACCGCCUUUACACUUGCUAGAAGCUUGUCACACAUACCAAUAUCCAGAGGUGGACCCACCAGUUUAGUGAUUUUUGAUAUUCAUGCUUUGCAGGAGAGAUUCUACUUUGGAGAUGCAAUCUUACCAUGUUUCGAGAGUGGCAUCCCCUUGUUGAAAAGUAGGCUUCAGGAGCUACCUGAUUCUGAUAACAUAGCCAUAGCUUUUCCAGAUGAUGGCGCAUGGAAGCGCUUCUAUAAGCAACUCCAACAUUUUCCUAUGAUUAUAUGCAACAAAGUUAGAGAAGGUGAUCAAAGAAUUGUGCGUAUAAAAGAAGGAGAUGCUAGAGGCCGUCAUGUUGUUAUAGUGGAUGACUUGGUGCAGUCUGGUGGUACUUUGAUUGAAUGCCAGAAAGUGUUGGCUGCUCAUGGAGCAGCAAAGGUUAGUGCAUACGUAACACAUGGCAUUUUCCCCAACAAAUCAUGGGAGAAAUUUAAGCCUGAUAAUGGAGAGGGUCCGGAGCACGCCCUGAGCCACUUUUGGAUUACCGACUCGUGCCCUCUCACAGUUGAAGCGGUCAAGGACAGACGGCCGUUUGAAAUUCUCAGCCUGGCAGAUUCUAUUGCUUCUGCUCUUCAGAUUUAGCAAGCCGAUUUGGUCUGCUCGCUCGGCUGCAAUAUUGUUUAGUUCAUUCUUCUAGCACAUUGCUUCCCACCUUUUUUUUUUGCAGUAGUUUCUUUUGGCUGAGAUAUUGUGUAGUUCAUCUUUUAAUCUUCACCUCAGGGAAGUGUUCAAUGGAUUGUUGGGACCACAAAAACAUUUCUAGGAUAGUAUGCCUAAUAACUUGGCAGGACAAGCCAGGUGAGUCACAUGUUUGCUAUAUAAAUAAAAAUUCAAAUAAGUUUAUCUGGCUUC